UUUUAUAAAAUAUGGCAAAACAAAUAAAAAUGGUACUAAUAGAUCUUAGUGGAACUCUUCAUAUUGAUAAUACAGUGAUUCCAGGUGCAGUGGAAGCUUUAAACAGGCUUCAAAAUGCUAAUAUACCGUACAAAUUUGUCACAAAUACAAGUAAAGAAUCUAGCAACUUACUACAUAAUCGAUUAACAAAAUUAGGUUUUAAUGUUAAAAAAGAAGAAAUUUUUAGUAGUUUAAUUGCAACAAGAAAAUUAAUCAUUUCGAAGAAAUUAAAUCCAAUGUUAUUAAUUGAUCCUCAUGCUAAUGAAGAUUUUGAAGAUUUGGUAAAAACAAAUGAAACAAUGAAUGCUGUAGUAAUUGGAUUGGCACCGGAUAAAUUUCAUUACGAAGAAUUGACAAAAGCAUUCAGGUUAUUAUUAGAUGGUGCAUCUCUCAUAGCAAUUCAAAAAGCCCGAUAUUAUAAAAGAUCAGAUGGUUUAGCUUUAGGACCAGGGGCAUUUGUUGCUGGUUUAGAAUAUUCUGCUAAUGUGAAAGCAGAAGUCAUUGGAAAACCUACUGCAGAGUUUUUUAAAGCUGCUUUAGGAAAUGUAUCUCCCGAAGAAGCAAUUAUGAUCGGCGAUGAUGUUAAAGAUGAUGUAGCUGGUGCCCAAGCUAUUGGUAUAAGAGGAAUUUUAGUACAAACUGGAAAAUAUCGAAAUGGAGAUGAAAAUACAAUUACACCACUGCCUACAAAAGUAUGCAGCUCUUUUGUUCAAGCUGUAGAAUAUAUUCUUAAAAAAGAAAUUUAAAUAUUAUGAUUUUGCAAUAAUAUAAUGUAUAUUAGUGCACAUGUACAUUUAUAUAAGUUAUUCUGUAUUAAAUUAUAUUUUAUUCAAAUAUUAAUAAUUUUCUAAUAAUACACACAUGUUCUAGGAAUAAUUUCACAAUAUAAUAGUUUAAAAAUAUAAAGUAAACAUCAUAAUCAU